GAGAGCCACGUUAGUUGGUGGUUACUACUAGUAGUUGGUUGGUCUUCUUCCACUGCAGAGGCGCAGCAGGUUGGCAGCGUUUUAAUCUUCAAAAUGAACGGACUAGACGAGGAACCAAUGGCGCCACAGACCUUUCUUUACGGAUGUGUGCUGGAAGCUGGAAAGGAGGUGGUGUUCAAUCCUGAGGAUGAUGACUUUGAGCAUCAGCUAGAUCUCAGGAUGGCCUGUGUGGACCCCAGCACAAAAGAUGAACUUCACAUGGUGGAGGUGGAAGGACAAGACACAGAGGGACAGAAAAUCAAGGCUGCACUGGUUUCACUGAAGCCUUCUACCCUGCCAAGUGUUUGUCUUGGUGGCUUCACGAUCACACCCCCAGUAACUUUCCGUCUGAAGGCAGGCUCUGGUCCAAUCCAUAUCAGUGGACAGCACCUUGUCAUGAUGGAAGCUGAUCAGUCGUUUGAUGAAGAGGACGACGAAGAAGACGAAGAGGAGGAGGAUGUCGUCAAAACAUCAAAGAAAAGACCCGCUUCCUUUCCUGCCAUCAAGUCUCAGAAAAAGAUGAAAAUGGACAUGGAGGAGGAGGAUGAUGAUGAUGACGACGACGACGACGACGAUGAAGAUGAUGAGGAUGAUGAGGAUGAUGAAGAUGAUGAGGAUGAGGAGAGUGAGGAGGAAGAAUCACCUGUUAAGGCUAAACCAACGCCAACCAAAAAACCAGAUCAGAAUGGCAAGAGCGUUAAACCCAACACUCCAGCUGCAAAGCAGGACAAGACCCCUAAAGGUAAGGGGGACAAGCCACCUAAAACCCCACCAAAUUUAACACUUCCUGAGAUCAAAGCUAAGAUGAUGGAGGCAGUGAAGAAGGGAGUGACAUUACCUAAAAUUCAGCCCAAGUUUGAGAACUUCUUGAAGCAUGGUUAUAAAGUCAAUGAUGCCAAGGUUGUUGCAGAGCUGUGGAAGUGGAGACAGACGGUGAAGGAUGCUAAAUAACAGUCUAAAUAACUGUAGUUUUAUUGUCUCUUUUUAUGACCUGUUUAUACCCUUAGCACCUCUUAAAUCUUCUGAAGCCAAACUCAGUGCCUCGCAGUUAUCAUGAAUUCUUUCAAUCUCUAAUCCAGCUCCGCCUGUGCUCCUGUAUGAAGAGACUGGAUAGGUAGUGAUGCGGAUGACGACAGUGCACUUUGCUUGUUGUACUGUCUUUCCUCCUCCAUCAAGCUCUCAGUUGCGGCAGAGAAAUUUAGUUUGUUGAAUAAACCCUGGGAGAGCAAGCUUACAAAUUUGCUUCUUUGUAAAUGUGUAAAUAAAAUUCUCACCAGAUUUCUGGCAGCAUUGUAUGCAGGAUCAAUUAAAAAAAUGCAUCAUAUCAUAACACACAAUUAAAAGAACACACACUAGAAAGCAGCUCAAGAAACUAAUUUUGAAUCCAUCAGCUAAUAUUGGCCACAGUCACAUCAUUGGUCCGUUUAAAAAAAAAAGCAGCAACGAUCCCAAUAUUGAUUUGUCUGGUACCAUCG